AUGUUCAGAAGCAUGAGCAGAUCUCGCAGAUGGCUAGCAUAUACUCAUCAGCUUCCGUGACUUUAAUCGCAUCGGCCGGAGAAGACGCAAAUGCUGGGCUGGCUGGGGUUAGCCCAAUGUCAAGGACAGGUUGUGGAUAUCUAGUUGCUCCAGGCGUUCGCUUGGAUCAUAGAAUAGAGACCAUUGGAGACAACAAGGUUAACACGAAGUAUUACUCCAGGGCCUGGACUUACCAAGAGCAGCUCCUCUCGAAGCAAUGCCUGUAUUUCGCGAAAGAUUUUGUGCGUUUCGAAUGCCAGACCAAUCACUACUGCGAGUACGAAUACAUCCAUGAUGAGCUUGUUCAAGCUAGGGCCAGAUAUGCCAACCCCUUUCUACACUUAUCUCAGACACGGAAAAGCGCAGAACAAGGCGAUUGGGCCAGUGUUUUCGGUUAUAUCGCCGAUUUCAUUAUCAAUUACAGCGCAAAACAACUAUCAUAUUCGACUGACCGGCUCAAUGCAUUCAUGGGUAUUCUCGACGUUCUUUCCAGAGGGAUUGGAUUGAGAUUUGUGCAAGGGGUGCCAAUCGCGCUUAUCGACCUUGCAUUACUCUGGAUACCUGCAGCAGGUACUGUCCGAAGCCGCUCGACCUCGUGUAAUGAUAAUGCAACUCUUUUUCCGAGCUGGUCGUGGAUUGGCUGGAGCGGCAUGGUGGACUACAAGAUGGUAGUAGGAGAGAGAGACGUACAGACGAGGAUACACUCAGUUCGCCUUGAAGACACAUCCGAUACGAUAUAUCUCGAAGGCAGAGUACAAGAGAUUUCUGCUCUUUGGUAUCCCUGGACGUUCAAUUACAACUCUAUGGCGUUGUCUUCCCCCACCAAAGAGCCAACUCAAGGGGGGCCGGGAACACUGAAGUUCAAGGCAUCUGUCCUGGGGAUCGACUCGUUCAGGUUUCAUGCUGGGUGCAGUGGGAUGCAUCACUCAUCCGCAAGCCGCAACUCAACGAUCAACCCAACCUACACGGCAAGUUUAAUUGAGGAUGAAAGGGGCAGGAUGUGCGGAAUGCUGCAUGGUACCGACGACCUUGCGGUAGAUCUCUUUUCUCGGGACAACGUAUACCUAAUACUGCUCUCGGCGACAACAACAGGGUCGAUAUGGGAUCGCAGAGAUAUCAGAAGGUUCGAGGGGAAGGGUGUGCCCAGAGACCUCGACCUUCAAUACGAUGCGUAUGAUCUCGAGAAGCCGUGGCCGCUAUUCAACAUCCUUCUGGUCUCUACGAAGAAUAACGUCUCUGAACGCCUAGCGAUAGGUCAAAUCCACUCUGAUGCUUGGGAGUAAGCAAAGCCGGUUGAAAUGGAGAUCACGCUUGCCUGAUAGCUGACUGGAGCCGUCGUGACCAACGAGCAGGUAGCAGUUGUAGAAUUAGAAUAUUAAAAUGGCCUUUGACACGAAACCCGCGGCAUGUCAUAGACUAAGCAAUCCCCCG